AUGCAUUUGCAUCGGCUUCUAAUUAUCCUCGCUCUUCAAGUCGGUCUAUCUUAUAGCUGUCUCGACCUCAGAACGGUGCACCAAACGGUCGUCGUCCUCGAAGAGCCCGCAACUAUCCAAGGCCAACCCCAGCCAGAGUCGAUACAAACUUCUGUGCCCAACCCGUUUUACGAACAGUCUGUGUCUGCGAAUGGCGAGGAUCAAUCUGAGGGUGUUCAUCUGAGGUUGCGCGCCAUCAGCGGUGUCACCAAACAGCUCGACUACAAAUGCGGUCCGAAAUGGGGCAAAUGCCCCAGUGGUACUUGCUGCUCCGGUGCAGGUAGGCCAAGUCAUGCACCCUGUUUGAUGGUUCGAGUCACUUACAUGGUCUGGAUACCAGGCUUCUGCGGAACCACCAAGGCUCACUGCCGUUCUCCCGAGUGCAUGAUUGACUUUGGCAACUGUGAUUCCAACAAAGCCCCGAAGGGACCACCCACGAAGGAAAUCCUUCGACCUCACAUCGGCCAGGUUCCUUAUGGUCCGCAACAGAUUCGCUCCUGCACAGUUCCUGGGACGAUUGCUUUUACUUUCGAUGACGGUCCGACUCGUUACACCGGUGACCUCCUUGACCUCCUCGAUCGGUACGAAGCGCCAGCAACUUUUUUUAUCACUGGUAUCAACAAUGGCAAGGGGGCUAUUGAUGACCCGAGUUUGCCCUGGGCCGAAUUGAUUGAGCGAAUGACUCUCAGUGGCCAUCAAAUUGCGAGUCACACUUGGUCACACGAGGACCUCAGUAAGGUGACAAGCCAACAGCGUCAUGAGCAGAUGCUCAAGAACGAGGUUGCGAUUCGGAAUAUCAUGGGCAGCUUCCCUACUUACAUGCGUCCCCCCUACUCUAGUUGUAUCCCCGGUUCAGGUUGUCCCGAGGAUCUGGGCGAUCUAGGAUACCAUAUCACUCUGUACGAUAUCGACACGGAUGAUUACAAGAACGACAGUCCGUACCUCAUCCAGCUUUCAAAGGACAUUUUUGAUCGCGCCCUGUCUACUGGAAGUCCAGCUACGAAGUCUUGGUUGGUCAUCGCGCACGAUGCACACGAACAGACCGUCCAUAACCUCACCGAGCACAUGCUGGAAACGAGUGGGAGACUUGGUUACCGGCCGGUCACUGUCGGCGACUGCCUCCGUGACCCCCGCGAUAACUGGUAUCGCAGAGACGUCCGCUGGUCCGGGCACAUGAAUAAGAGCAAAAUCCCAAAGAAAGGCCCGAAAAAGUUCAAUAUUGCGCAGCAAAUAUCCGCUGAUGGCACCUGUGGCGCAAACUAUACCUGUCUUGGCUCGCCUUUCGGAUUGUGCUGUGGCAGCAUGAACCUUUGUGGAAAUUCCACCACUCACUGCGGCUUUGGCUGCAAGAAGGAAGCUGGGUACUGCGCGGUUCAGAUGCCCUCAAACGGCGACGCUUGGGACCCAGAUUUCUCUGAAGGGAGGAGUGGCAAAUCUGAAGCAGACUCCAGCGUUCGAUCCGUUAGGACUGCGGCUGUCACGUCGUUAGUGCUGGCCCUCAUCGUAGCUUUGUGGAUAUGA